ACGGAAAUGGACGUGGAACACGGAUUCUAUCGACAGGUGGACGUUCAGGCCCACGCUCACUACAUCGUUGCCUUCUUUGUGCUGGUGAUCGGGACGGUGGGAGUCACUGGGAACGCCUUGGUCAUGUACGCCUUUUUCUGCGACAAGAAGCUGAGGACGCCCCCCAACUUUUUCAUCAUGAAUCUGGCUGUCAGCGAUUUCCUCAUGGCGAUCACACAGUCGCCCAUCUUCUUUGUUAACUCUCUUUAUAAAGGUUGGAUUUUUGGCGAAACAGGCUGCAAAAUAUAUGCCUUCUGCGGCGCUCUAUUUGGAAUCACGUCAAUGAUAAACCUGCUGGCCAUCUCUGUGGACCGCUACAUCGUCAUCACCAAGCCUCUGCAGGCCAUUCAGUGGACCUCCAUGAGACGCACCUGUCUCAUCAUCGCCCUCGUCUGGCUGUAUUCACUGUCGUGGAGCCUCGCACCACUUUUGGGGUGGAGUUCAUAUAUCCCAGAGGGCCUGAUGACCUCCUGCACUUGGGACUACGUGACGUCGACUCCAGCCAAUAAAAGUUACACUCUGAUGCUGUGCUGCUUCGUUUUCUUCAUUCCCCUGGGAAUCAUAUCCUACUGUUAUCUGUGCAUGUUCCUGGCAAUUCGCCAUGCAAGCAGAGAUGUGGAGAAGCUGGGGUCUCAGGUGAGGAAGUCAACCCUGAUCCAGCAGCAGUCCAUCAAGACUGAAUGGAAACUGGCCAAGAUAGCCUUUGUGGUCAUCAUAGUGUUUGUGCUUUCCUGGUCGCCCUAUGCAUGUGUCACCCUCAUCGCCUGGGCUGGAUACGGAAACAUCCUCAAUCCCUAUUCCAAAGCUGUUCCUGCUGUAAUAGCCAAGGCAUCGGCUAUCUAUAACCCUUUCAUCUACGCCAUCAUUCACUCCAAGUACAGAGACAUCUUAGCAGAAAAAAUACCCUGUCUGCACUUCCUUGCUCAGCCCCCCAGGAGGAACUGCAUAUCGGUGUCACACAGCGAGUCCUCCUUCAGGGACUCUAUGCUGAGCAGGCAGUCCUCAGUCUCCAAAACCAAGUUCCAGCGAGUGUCCUCAAUGUCGACAACAGACACACAGGUUUGGAGCGAUGUGGAGCUGGAUCCCAUCGACCAGAGUAAUUGUUUGAGGUCCAGUUAUUCCCUUGGAGCUCUGCGGGACAAAGAGUGCGAAUUAUUGACGAAACAGAACAAAGAAAAGGGAAUCCACUGCCAGGAACAGGUAAGGUAG